CAAAAAUCCGCCAUCUUGGUCACGUGACGAAUGAGACGCGAAACACUGAAAGUUUCGGUCAACAAAUAAUUGUGAUGGCAAAAUUGCGAGCAAAAUUAAUAUAAAAUUGGCAGCAUUUAAUAGUUCUUGAUGUUCUAUAGUUUUUGGGCAAGGUAAACGUUUCUUUUCCUGGACAAAAACGAAAUUGUAAUGAGUUGUAAUGAAUGAAGUUCAAUAACAUGGAAGAGGUUGUUUCUUCAAUUAAAGAUGGAAAAGUGGAAUCCCCAAUCACAGUCAAAGACAAACUAUUCGAUCCGUCUGUUGAUAUGCUAGUAAAUGAUUUUGAUGACGAAAGAACAUUAGAGGAAGAAGAAGCUUUAGCGGCUGGUGAAUCUGACGAUCCCAACGCUGAACUUUCCAGUCUGCAAAAGGAAAGUAACAUGCCAUUGGAGGAACUGCUGGCUUUGUACGGUUAUCGCGGCGAAAAUCAGGAAAAUGAAAGUCCUGUAGAGGACGUUGAUCAGCAAGCGGAAGGUGCGAUGGAGGAUCAAGAGAGCGAAACGGAAGCGCAGGAGCAACAGCCUUCCAAGUUGCGCGCCCUCUAUGAAACGAUACCGGAAAACGACCAGGACGCUUCUAGACUGCUGCGCUCUGUUUCGAGGGUCAGCGAGGAGGAGGAGGAAGAUUAUGACUACAGUCCAGAUGAAGAUGAGUGGAGAAAGGUUAAUAAGACGAUUAUGGUGGGCAGCGACUACCAAGCCGUGAUACCCGAAGGUCUUUGUCAUUACGACGACGCAUUGCCGUACGAAAACGAAGAUAAACUGCUGUGGGACGCGUACAUUAUGCAAACGGACGUGGUGGAGGAUUUCCUUAAGAAAGCCGCCGCUCUAUCGAAACCGGCGAUACCGAUGGGCACGCAGCUGCGCGACGACGAGCAGGCGCUCUAUUUGUUGCAGCAGUGCGCGCACAAUUUCGACGAAGCGUUGCGCCGACUGCGCAUCAACGUCACGCCAGCAUCGAACGUCACCAUCUGGUCCGAGGAGGAGUGCAGGAAUUUCGAGAGCGGCGUCAGAAGUUUCGGCAAAAAUUUCCACCUCAUUCAGCAAAACAAGGAAUCGCUCCCAAUCCAGGUAGCAUCACCGGUGUUUCACCCGUCUCCGAGCGUGACCCGAUCGGUGACGCAGCUGACCGAGGAGGAGCAAGUGAAGAUAGCCAAAAGAAUCGGUUUGAUCCAACACUUGCCCACAGGUACCUACGACGGUUGCAAAAAGGCGCGCGAGUGCGUGAUUUGCAUGGGCGAGUUCAUGGUCGGUGAUUCUUUGCGCUACUUGCCGUGCAUGCACACCUAUCAUAUGUCUUGCAUCGACGACUGGCUUAUGAGAAGUCUGACUUGUCCUAGCUGCAUGGAACCUGUCGACGCGGCAUUGCUGACAACUUACGAAACCAACUGAUUUUUCCGAUUGGCCAGUGCCUUCUGCAAAAUUUCGAUGUGAACAACACUGUGAUUCAGAACUGAUUUGAUGAUGAUUCUUUUUAUAUUUUUGUGGCAUUGAAUGUCUUUGUAUGAGCGUAUGAGAUAGUGUGGCUGUGAUCCUUUUUACUAUCGCCAAAAAAUAAUAAUUAUUAUGUACCCCCCAUUUAUUUUAUUAGAAAAGUUCAAGAAUCCUGAGGUGUUUCUUGCCGGGCUCUGAUUGGUUUAUUGCUUUCUAUAGAGAUCAUUUUCUAUAAUCGCAAAUUUCUGAACCUAGUUUUUUUCAUCCCCAAAACGAUCAAAUGUAUGUGGUCCUUUCUCUUAAGGUUUAUUUCCACCUACUUAUUCUUUAUUAUUUUUUGGGGAUACCGUGGCUAGUUAGUUAUGUUGGCAGUAAUUAUUUAUUAAGGGGAAACAAGUUACUUAAUAAAGGAAAAGCACCAGGAGCUCGCAAAAUGGAAUGUGACAAUUUUUUUUCCAAUAAGUAGUGCCUUAUUUCUACAUUUUUCUACAAAUAUAUUCAUACAUAAUAAAUACAUUUUUGUGGUUGUGAUUAUUUCUAAUUUUUAACGUUUUUAUAAAAAAAUACUAAACUUCUUUUUUAUGAGCUUUUGAGAAACUUCAAGGGGUUUAAAUAUAUGUUGUAUACAAGUUUUUGUUUUGUGUUAAAUGUUUAACGUCAUGUUUUAGUUCUAUACUACAGGGUAGCGAGACCACACCCAUUGUUAAAUAAUCGGUAAUUUUUAAUGCAAUAUUUUACUUUGGUUAUGACCUCAGUAUACGCGAUAUUUUCUGUCUACAUAAGUCAACCAGUUUGAAGUUCAGACACAGCUUGUCCAUGAACCAAUUACUGAUUAUUUAAAAAUUGGGUUCCGCAAUAGAUUUCAAGGUGCAACAUUUGCCGUUACCCAAUAGUUGGUGUAAAUUCUGUUAAAUAAGUAAGGGUUUUUCUGUAAAUGUACUUCCAACAAUCAUUUUUUAUAUAUUAUAGAUUUUAUUCUACCUAAAAGAGUAUAAUGUGUUUUUCCUUAAUGUAUAAUUACUCAUGUUAUGUUUAUAGUCAUUUCCUGAUAUUUUUAAGUGGUGAUAGUCUGAUAAAAUAGUAAAACAUACCGUAUUUUCAAGCUGAAGGUAUACAGUACCGAGUGCAUCCGAACACAGUUCGGUGGCAAAAAAUCCCCACUCUCUUUCAAAGCGUUCGGGUGCACUCGGCACUGUAUACCUUUAGCGUGAAAAUACGGUAUAAGCCUAAUAAAAUUUUUUAUAAUAAUAAAAACCAGUCCUUAUACAGGGUUUUUGUUGUUUAACAAAUUUAUUUAUUAUAAAAAAGCAUUAUUUAACUACUUAUGGCGUCGAGGUCUAUACAUAUCUCUACGUAAAAAAUUAAAAACCCUGUGUAUAGUAUACCUACCCAAUAUUUUGCGAUAUAUACAGAGUGAUUCAAUGGGGUUGGAACGUGCAUUUUUUAUUGCAAGAUUCAAAACGCUUUGAUGACGCGUGAAGUCACGUUUUUAUAACAGAUGUGUCAAGAAUUACGAAUAGCAAGCUCUUAUAUAUGAGACGGUGGUUUCAAGGUUAUGUUCAAUAUUUAAAUCGUUUGAAAAUUGGUAAAAAAUUUAAUUAAAAAAUAAUUUUAUGUCAAUUUUAAGAACAAAUUAAUAGCAAAAAUCGUGUUUUUCAACGGUAUAGUUGUUUUGAGUGACUUGUUUCUAUAAAAGAAGUGGUAUCACGCUGAUUUUCGACAUCAUGUCCCAACCUCACUCCAGUGGUUAAAUUAUGGCGCGUUUUGCUAAAAUGCUCAGAUUUUCAUUACUUAAAAGUUAGAGGUACGUCCAGUUAGUUUCGUAUUCAUUUUGAAACAGUGAUAUAUAGCUUUUUAAUAUGCAAACACAUAUUUUGUACUUGCAUAGGCAUCUAAUUAUUUUUCGAAUUUGAUGCUAGUUAUUAUUUUAUUUAACAGACAAAUACUUAUUGUUUAGUAAAUAUAUUAGUUUAUUAUUAAAAAACAGAGUGGCAAAAUUUGUAUGAUGACAUUUAUUUUUUGCCCCUCUGUAUAAAGUGAUAAUUAUCCUAUCCUUUAAUUGUGUGCUUAUUUUACUCUAUUAUUAUUAUUAUUAUUAUUAUUAUUUUGUCAAGGUGUUUUGUUUAAUAAAUAUAUUAUUUCUAAUAACUAGUAUUAAAUAUUAGUCAGAAAAUUAUAUAUUGUUUAUAAGCCUUGUUCUUUAUUAUAUACACAAAAAUUGUC